AUGAAGAUCACUUCGUUUGGCCUCGCAGCCAUUGCGCUCGCCUUGAUGGCAGACAACACCGAGGCGCUGCCCGCCAUUCGCAACUACAAGGGCGUCUCGCCCUACGCCGCUAGGAAUACGGUCAACCCCCGCAUGCCGGCCAUGAAGGACCCGCGUUCCGUCGCUGGCGCUCGCCGCAUGCGCCUCAGCUCCAACGAGGCGCUCGAAGAGUCGUACCUCGACGAGAUCCACUACAUUCCCGCCCACGCCCAGCCCGAGUCCACCAGCCAGUUCUGGAACAACGUGCAGAACCGUCUCGAAUCCGCCAUCGACCGCCUCGACAGGGCCACCAACAUGCUCGGCAGCUACAAGGCCGCCAGUGCAGUCAAGAGCGCCGCCAAGUCGCUCGGCUUCUCCUUCUCGGUCAACAGCCACAAGCAGGCCGCCACCGCACCCGACUUCUCCUUCAACUUCAACGUGUCGGAGCCCAUGUCGUGGGGCGAGGAGGCCGAGCUCUCCGAGGCCAGCCGCAACGACCGCAUGAUGGACACCACCGCCGCGCUGCCCAACCUGCCGCAGGACUCGGGUUUCGACUACCGCAACAAGAAGGUGCGCGGCGUCAACCUCGGCAACUGGCUCCUCUUCGAGGCGUGGAUGGACAGCUCGCUCAUGCAGGCGCUCAACGACCACGCCAUCAACGCACCCUACCCGAACCCCAUCAUCGACGAGUGGACCGCCGGUCUGUACUCGGACAAGGGCUGGGCGUCGUACGUGCUGCAGAAGCACUUUGACGAGUGGAUGACCGAGGACGACUGGAAGCAGAUCGCCGCCGCCGGCCUCAACCACGUGCGCAUCCCCGUGCCCUACUUUAUGUUCAGGGAGGCCGUCGGCCCCAACGCGCCCUACCUCACGCUCAACCGCUUCGCCAAGCUCAAGGAGGGCGUGCAGCUCGCCAAGAAGUACGGCCUCAAGGUGUGGAUCGACCUGCACAGCGUGCCUGGCUCGCAGAACGGCUUUGACAACUCGGGCCGCUCCGGCCCCAUCAACUGGGCCAACAACCCGAGCUACUACACGCAGACGCAGUACGCCUUCAACCGCCUCGUCACCGAGUUCACGCAGCCCGACUAUGCGGGUGUGGUGACGGCGAUCCAGGCUGUGAACGAGCCCAAGGGCAAUGUGGUGCCCAAGGUGCAGGAGCUGCUCAACAAGUACUAUCCGUGGGCGCGCAACAAGGUGGCCAAGCCGGACGGCUGGAACAAGUACUCGAACAUGCUGCUCGCCAUCCACGAUGCCUUCCAGGGUCUGCAGUACUGGCAAAACUUCUGGACGGGCCGCGCGCGCCACCGUGUGCUGCUCGACACGCACCCGUACUUUGUGUACAGCGACUGGGAGCACCAGGCGACGGACACGCAGCGUCUGCAGGAGGCUUGCAACCUCGUCGGCAGCUUCCAGCAGUCGCAGAAGUACUAUCCCUCCAUCGCCGGCGAGUGGGGCAUCAACGGUCCCAACGGCGACCGUGCACAGGACCGCGAUCUGCCCGUUGGACCCGUCAAGUUCCCGGCGGGUCCCGCGUAUCCCUACUCGGUCAAGUACAUGGCGUUCAUGGCGCGCAACUUCCGCACGCAGCAGUACAUCUUCGAGCAGGGCGGUGGAUGGAUCAUGUGGUCGUGGCGCAACGACAACAACCCAGACUGGUCGUACAAGACCGGUCUGCAGUACGGCUGGGUGCCCACCAACCUCGACGAGCAGCCGUACGGCUCGAACCCGUGUGCAUCGAUCCCCAAGCUUAUGGAGCUCGCCGCGGACGGAUCGGCCGAAGCCACCUGGACUGCACUCGAGCAGGACGAAGCUCUGUACUAG